AUGUCGGGUCUCUACAAUUCCAACUUCUCUCCGGUCAGAGCUGCUUCUCCUCAGAUUCGAACCAACCCAGAAGUUGACAGUCAGUAUCUUACGGAGUUGCUGGCAGAGCAUCAGAAGCUUGGUCCCUUCAUGCAAGCCCUUCCCAUUUGCACUCGUCUCUUGAAUCAAGAAAUAUUAAGAGUUUCUGGAUUGCUGUCCAAUCAAGGUUUUGGUGACUUUGAUAGACUGCGGCAUAGAAGCCCUAGUCCAAUGGCUUCUUCAAACCUCAUGUCAACUGGAACUGGGUUGGGUGGAUGGAAUAGUCUUCAGCAAGAGAGGUUACGUGGAACUCCUGGAAUGACAAUGGACUGGCAAGUUGCACCAGCAAGUCCUAGUUCAUAUACAGUUAAGAGGAUUUUGCGCUUGGAAAUUCCAGUUGAUACAUAUCCCAAUUUCAAUUUUGUUGGAAGGCUUCUGGGACCCAGGGGCAAUUCUCUGAAAAGGGUGGAAGCUUCUACAGGUUGUCGGGUGUAUAUUAGAGGAAAGGGUUCAAUAAAAGAUCCAGACAAGGAAGAAAAAUUAAGAGGAAGACCAGGUUAUGAGCAUCUCAAUGAGCCACUCCAUAUCUUGAUUGAGGCUGAUUUACCUGCUAAUAUUGUUGACAUAAGGCUCCGACAGGCUCAGGAAAUUAUAGAAGAAUUGCUCAAACCUGUGGAUGAGUCUGAGGACUAUAUCAAGAGGCAGCAGUUACGUGAAUUGGCGAUGCUGAAUUCAAAUUUCAGAGAAGAGAGUCCUGGACCAAGUGGAAGUGUAUCUCCAUUCAAUUCCAGUGGAAUGAAACGGGCUAAAACUGGUCGAUGA